CAGCAGCGCGUAGGAUGACGCAAAUCCGUCCAUUGCAUCACAGAACCACAGAAGAAGAGAAAUGGACCAAUAGCAGAGCUGACAUUUGCGUUUUGAAUGAAACGCGGUUGAUGUCUUCUCGACAAUAAGUUGUAAAAGGUUUCCCAGCACUCCACAGUGAUGUCCUCCAGGAAGGCGAGCUUUAGUGGGGACAGCUUGCCUCCAAGCAGAUUUGGAGAGCGUACCCCUCUGAGAAGUUUGCAGAAUGAAAUGCUGUCAACUCCAUCAUCAAGGUUCAAAUCAAAGUCCCUGCUCGGGGCUGAUGUUGUCAAACCGAAAAAGGGCGAUGUUCCUUUCUGUGACCCCGAAUCCCACCUGCCAUCUCCUUCAUCCACCAGAGUGACUCAAAUCGAUGCUUCCAUUAUGGAUAUAGCAACUGCUGAGGCAGCCAGUGGACUUGGAGACGUGACGUAUAAGUCCUUCAUUUGUCCCGGUGGGGAGGUUGAGGUUACAGGCUUCUCUGUCUGCGGAGAAGAGAGUGUUGUUUUACCCAAGGAUCAGGCUGUGGAAAACAUGCAUCAAAUGGAAGAGACAGUCAUCUGUGACAGUGUAAUAGAUCGUUCUUGCAGUAACCACGUUGAGCACCCAUAUCACCACCCUGAGGCGGAAGACGCCUCCGUGGUUGACGUUGACGCCGCAUGUUUAUGUGACACUUCAAAUACUGAGCCUCCCUCUGAAGACUUUGUCGAUCGAGAAGUCACGCAAGAUUUCAGAGCUUUUACGAAUGACGUCACGUGGAAAUCCUUUGUUUGCGAUGGUGGUGAGGUGAGUGUUUCUGAAGUAACCGGACUUCAAGAUGAGACCAUUCCUCUGCCCGAGGCCCAGCUGGUUGACCCGUUACAGGACAGCAGUGUAAAUCUAACAAAUCUCUCUGACUGUGGCCAGAUAAGUCGAGCGGAACAUGCAGAUCAUCCCUACUUCAGCGUUGAAAAUGCUGUUUGUGCCAUCGCCAACCUCUCUGAGACCUCAAAUGGCUCUGAAAAGUUUGCUGAUGGAUUGAGUGACGUAACGUUGAAAUCAUUUAACUGCACCGGAGGUGGGAUUGAAAUUUCAGAUAGCACCAAACCUGCAGAUGAAACGGUUCCUCUGCCAGCUGAUCAAUCUGCGACCUGCGGGGAGUCAUACAACUAUGGCAUUGAUCUGAGUAUAUUGGCUUGUGACCAAGAUGGGCAAAACAGUGAUGAUAAUUUAGAUCACCAUUACUGUAAAACCGCAAACGAGCCAAUUCCAUUCAGCCUUGAUAUUGUGGAGGAGGUUGAACAGAUUGGCGGACAAGAGGGCCUUACAUCGAGCUCUUACAUCAGUGCCAAAAGUGACUUCGAAAUAUCUGAUGGAUCCUCUAAGACGUCCCCUGACCAACAACGUGCGGCCUGCCAGCCCCUUGAGGACAACAGUGUACCAACUUUUAUCACACUGGAAUCCAUUCAAGAUGACUGUUUACAACCGAACAGCCAUGCAGAGAACAAUGACGGUGUGGUAAAUUCUGACCCCACAGCUCUCGGAACAUCUUCACGGACUAACACACCGUUAAAGGCGCUGAAUGAUCCAUCUGUUGAAUGUCGAAUGCAAGAAAUGUCCAAAAAAACCAUGGUGCAUCCUGAGGACAGCGCGUUGCCUUCAAUGCUUCAUAGAACAGAGAGUUCUGUCUGCAGCCAUCUAGAAAAUUCGUCAGGGAUGCCCACGGCUGUCGAAGUGCAUGCCGAACAUGUGUCUCAAUUGCAAAUCAGCAGUGAGGCCCACAAAUCCAGCGAGGCAAAAGACAGCGCUCUGGGUUCAUCUGGAAACGUCUUCUGCAGCUCUGCAGAGAAACCAGAAAACCUCCCUGACAUUUUGAAAGUGCUGUCAGAGUGUCCCACAGUAGCAUCAGCUUUUCAGUUUGGGAUCCUCAGUCCCGUGGUCCGUAGAGCCUCUCUCGCUGCAUUAAGGGCCUUUAGGGGUCCUGCUUUGGAGAAGUCCGCUCUUGAAGGGGAGAACGUCAUGUUUGCCCCUUUCAACGUUGACCCUGCUGGGUUAUGGGCAGAGCACAUGGAGAGCCCUAUGCCACAACCUCUGCUUAACUCUACAACACUAGGUGGGGAUGCGGGUGCAAAGCCUUCUGCCGAGCCUCAGCUCGAAGUGGAGAAGCCCGUUUUGGAUGCGCCUUUGAUUCCAGAUGGUCCUCUGCAGCAGCAGCUUCGGCAGAUGGCAGAGUUUCUUUUCUUGGCAUCAGGAAAGAUGAUUCCUGCUGCAGUCUCUGCUCCCACGUUGCCCGCCGCUGCCGCCGUGGUCCCCUUGGAAAAGGCUCCUCCAUUGGAAUCCCACAGCGUCUGUGUGGGCACCACUCCUGUCAGAUGGUUGGACCACAGCGUCAAUACAUCCGGCCAGUUUGAGAGAAAGAGGGAUGUGGUCGAUUCCUGCACACUAACAGAUCCUCUCCUGUGGAACAUACCGCCAGGCAGCCUAGACAGUCUCCCCAGACAAGAGCUGGAGCACAGGUUAAGGUCUAGCAUGAUCAUGGUGGAGGCUCUCGCGCAGCAGUUGUCUGCAUCACGGGAAAAUGGACGUCCCUCCGCGGGCCCGGCUCCUUCAGACCUCAGGGAGAAACUGGUGCAGACAGACCACUCUGAACUCACCCAGACUACAAUGUACAGAGACUUAUAUUUGGAGGCUCUGGCAAGGAUUGGUGAGUUGGAGUUGGAUGGAAGUUCUCUACAGAACCUCAUCCAGCACAUGCAGGACAUGCGGGUCACCAUGACUUCCUUGACUUGUGACACGGAUGCUGCCCUUUCUAACGUGAUUCAAAUAGGAGACGUGGUCAGAGGGGACCACCAAAGCCUUCUUUCACAUUACGGUCAGAUGAAGUCUGUGUUUGAGAAAACAAAAGGGACCCACACAGCAUUGAUGCAGAAGGUAAAAGAUGCUUUUCACCAAAGAGAUGACAUGAAGAUGCAGAUGGAGGACGCCUUCAAAGCCAAGGAGGCGGCCUUCAGUGCGAUGGAGCAGCUGAGGACACACUUUGCCACCGAAAUCUCAGAGCUGGAGAGGAUUGUGGGCUCUCAGCAAGAACUGUCAGCUGCCCUGGACCAGACCUACCCAGAACAGGUUGCAUUGAACCGAGCCUACACGGAGAUGCUGGACUCUGCUACUGAUGUUCUGUCCACAACCAUAAACGACCAAUCUACUUUGAUGCAAGACCUCCGCGCAGUCAGGGGGCUUCUGCAGAAAACUGCUCCCAUGCUUCUGAGCCUGAAUGAGAGGGCAGCUGCUGCUUUGAGAGAGCGGGACGAACAUCAUGCUGCAAGAGACGAGGCCGUCGAAGAGAGAGAUCAGAUUGAAGAGGAAUUAAAACAAGCUAAUAUGAAUCUCCACACGGCCACAGAACAGAUCAGUGAUUUGAAUCUGCAAGUGACAAUUCUGACCUCAGAAAUGGGUGUUCUUCGUCAGAAGCUAACCGAAAGAGAGGAAGAGCAAGGUCCGCUGGAGAGGAAGGUGACGGAGCUCUCUGCCACUGUUUCCUCCACUUUGGCCUCCUACACCUUCCUGGAGCAGGCCCUCGCUGCUGAAAGUACAAAGCUGCAGCAGUCAUGGAAGGACAUCCAGCUAGCCAAGGAUAGAGCAAAUGAGUUGGAGACGUCCCUGGGUCAGUCGGAGCAGCGUGCCUAUGAGUUCAGUCGGGCCUUGGCUCAAAGUGAGGAGCAGCUCGGGCAGCUGCAGGUCCUCUCUCAAUCCCAGAGCUCCCAGAUCCAGCAGCUCCAGGACGUCUGCACACAGCUCAAUGGUGUGCGGGAGAUGAACGAGUUCCUACAGGUGGAGAAUGAGUUUGCGAGGGAGCAAAUGGGAGAGAGUGAGCGUACGUUGAGGGCCAACCUGCAGAGCCUCAGAGAGAGAAAUAUCCAGUGUGAGGAUCUAAAAGGAGAACUUGGCAGACUUCAGCUUGAGAACAGGAGUCUGCAGGAUGAGCUGGAAAGUACAAAGUCCAGAGCCGAUGCGACCCGGCUGCAGCUGGGACAGAAGCUGGCGCAGGCCGUCGCCGACAUUACUUUGCUGCAUCACACACUGCGAGGACUCACCAAUGAACUGCAUUCAUCGCUCAACGACCAGAAACCUGCAGCACAGCAGGAGUGUCCACUUCUCCACAAUGUGGAACGUCAUCACCCCUCCGGCUCCUUUGUUGACAGCGUCCUGGUUGCAUUAACUGCUGAGAAAGAGGAAGACGUCACAGAAGACACACCUUCUGGAUUGGGCUCUCCCGGGCCACAGUGUGACACUUUGUUCAGCGAGACGAGUGCCUUCAGGCGCGUUGCGGUCGUCACCCCCAAAAAGAAUCUGGACCAGGUGGAGUUUGAUCCGGAGGAGGACGAGCAGAGCUGUGUUGGGGAACUGUUGGCGGACCUGGGCAACACCGUCUCAGAGCUCAUCAGCACCCGGAAGCUGCUGCAACAGUGUAAAGAUGCCGAGUUGGAGCAGCUGCACACCACCAUCUCUCACCUGCAGGUGGAGCUGCAAGCUGCAAGCAACAAGCACGAUGCAGAGGUGUUUGAGCUGAAGCAUCAAAUCAGUGGUCUGAACAGCCUGUUGCAGAAGGGCAACCAGGCGCUGCAGCAGAAAGCUCAGGACGAGAAAACUUUGACAAGGCUGAUGGAGGAAAUACAAGAGACCCAGGAAACUCUUAAUAAACAUAAGAUUGACAGCAAUGAGUUGCGGAAGGAGGUGGUCGAGCUUCGUCGCGCGCUCAAACAGUCAAAGGCGGAGUCUCAGUACCUGCGUGAGGAGUUGAGAAAAGCUGGUAGCCAAUCAGCUAACCCGGCGCAUAUCAUGGAAGAGAAGAUCCACCUAUUGAAAGAGGUGGAAAGACUGAAGUCGUGUCUUCAAGAGGGGGAGCAGGCCAGAGCUAAACUCCUUGAUAGAGCAAAAAGAUAUCAAAUCAUCCGCCAGACCAACCAGCAGAAAAUGGAGAAUGAACUUCAGAUGUUAGACAAACUACUCAAUAAAGUCAGAGAGACUCUUCGGUCCUUACCGGGCGUUGUGAAGAAUUGUGAACAACUCCAACAGCUUGUUGAAUACAUUGGCUGAUGUGUUUGCUGUGUUCCUUGUAUUUAUGUCUGUAAUAUUUUAGCCAGUCCUCAUUUUAAGUGUUCCUACUUUUAAUUUGAUUUAAAUUAAAGGAAAUUCUCAGAUAACCUUUGCUCCUUAUAUUUUAUAUUCGAAGGACACUUGCAAAGAUCGUACGACGUAUAGUAUGUUUUUGUCUACAUUUAAUAAAGUUGGUUUAAAGAACUUCUA